AUGCCUGCCGCAGCAAAGAAGAGGUCGACUCCCGUCCGGAUCUCGCCAGUCAAGUCCGAAGAGUGUUCGCAGUCGCCGUCAGCCAGUGAGGGUACCUCCACGGGGUCUUCAGACAAGAACCAGCUCAAGUUACACAAGCGAUCUCGCUCUGGUUGCUUCACAUGCCGCCUGCGCCGAAAGAAGUGUGAUGAGAAGCAUCCCUCCUGCGGAGCCUGUGUAAAUCUGUGUGUGAAAUGCGAAUACAAACGCCCUAUCUGGUGGGGAAACGCAGAGCAACGGAGGAUCCAGAAGGAACGCAUCAAGAACAAGAUCAAGCAGACCAAGAUGCAUGAGCGCAAUGGGGCUCUGACAGAUUCCGCCGCUCGUACUCGCAGCAUGGCUGUACCUUCCCCAACUUCUCCGGAAUACGAAUUCGGUCGCCCUGCCUUUCCAGAGCAGUACGAUAUCUUCGCUUCACACCUUCCCACCCCGGCCAUGAACCAACCCAUCUAUGCCCCGACCCACCCCUAUGAGAUCGAUGUGAAGACCGAAAGACAUACGUUUGUCAAUGAUGUCCCCUUGCGCCACGACUCUUGCAGCUCAACCUUUAGCACCUUUGCGCCGCCGCAGUUGAAUGCCCCGCUUCCGACUUUCCCCAGUGAAGACUGGUUCCACGACGAGUACUUCGCUCAAGUGCCUGCCCUGCCUGGAAUCGACCCGGCGCUGUGUGAACAGAGUAUCGGCCAGACGUACGCCAUGCUUCAGUCCAAUAUCCCCGUUAGCGACCAUGACCGGCCACUUCUCGACCACUUCAUUCACAAUGUCUUGCGCAUCAUCUUUCCCGUCUUGGAGGCACACCAGCGUGGACACCUCCGAGCCCAAGCCAUCCUGCAAGCUUUGGAGACGAACAAGUGCUACCUCCACUGCUGUCUGAGUGUUGCUGCCAUCCACCUCAAGACUACGGAAGGACUCGUUGGGGAACAGAUCGACCACGACAUCAUGCGCAAUCGCUUCGAGGCUGUUUCGCAAUUGUGCCUGGCAUUGGGCGAAGACACCAACCACGAGGAGAUCCUGGAUGCGACGCUAGCCAUGAUCUUCUUCCACUGCUCCGUGGGCCCGGCGGAUGAUUACCUACCGGACAUUCCGUGGUUCGAGCACUUCCAGGCUGCCUCCAAUCUUGUGCAUCGGCUUGGGCUUCCGACGGCAGUUCCCGCCUGCGGGAACCCGUACAUGCUACCCCCCUUCACCAUGACUCUGGCAUCGUGGAUUGACAUUCUAGGAUCGACCAUGCACGGCAAGACUCCGGAAUUCGCACACACCUACCGUGCCAAGCACCUCAGUGGCUCGUCUCUGGGGCUCCGCGAGCUCAUGGGCUGCGACGACCGUGUCAUGUACCUGAUUUCGGAGAUCACCUGUCUGGACGCACUCAAGAGAGACGGCAGAAUCGAUGAGAUGGGCGUGUGUUCGCAUGUUUCAGCUCUGGGACAGCAACUAGAGUUCACCGAACCCGUGAAUCAGACGCUCGAAAGCCCAUUCCUACCGAACGGAGCCUUUUCUCCCGAGAUCCUCACCAAGAACAUCACGGCCGCUUUCCGCCUCGCCGCAAGGAUCUACUUGUGCAGUCUAGUUCCCGGGUUUGACCGAAACCAACCGAGCACCGUCAAUCUGGUCGCUGCCGUCGCCAAUGUUCUCUAUGUCAUUCCUUCUGGACCUGAAGGCUUCGAUCGCUCGCUCGUUUGGCCGAUUCUGAUCGCCGGAGCAUACUCAGCACCCGAUAGCCACUUCCGCACCGUCCUCGCCGAUCGAGCUGCUGCUCUUGGCGAGCAUGCCGAACUCGGUAGCUUUGGCCGUAUGUACCGCGUCCUGAAGGAGGUAUGGCGUGUGUCUGAUGAGUCCAUCGAACCGAUCGAGCCGGUCGAGACCGUCGAACCUGUCGAAUCUGCUUCUGCCCCAGAAGAGCGACGGUCCUCGUCCGCCUCCUCAUCCUCCGACGCGCCUGUGAAGGCUGAGGGCUCUGAGUCUCCCAAGGAGAGCCUCGUGCCAUGGGGAGCGAAGGAAAUGAGAAAGCCAUUCCUACACUGGCGCGAGAUCAUGCAACAGAAUGGCUGGGACUACCUUCUUCUCUAA